GCAAAUGAAAAUUCUUUUUGAUAAAACAAAAACUACGCCUAAUCUUUUUCAAUUUAAAACCGAAGCUCUGGUUAAUUAUUUUUUACAUUUUAUUCCUUCUAAGGGUUGGUGUCCGAUAAAAAUUCGAAAAAAUGAAUUACGAGCAUAUUCAAAAUUUAUCCGAUGACAUAUCGAAUUUACGCAAGGAUACCAGCAAUUGCGAUGUAAAAAUUUUAGUUGGAAGAGAACCAAAUAUUAAAGAAUUUAAGGCACAUUCUCUUAUUUUAUCUACUAGGUCAAAUUAUUUUAAAACAGCAUUUUCUCCACAAUGGGCAAGUAAAGAAGAUGGAUUUUUUAUUUCUAAUCAACCUGAUAUUUCUCCUAUAGUGUUUGAAGUUCUUUUAAAUCUUAUUUAUUCAGGAAAAUUUUCUGUUGACAAUAAUGAAAAUAAUGAAAUUAGUUUUGUUGAUAUUUUAAUUGCGUCCGACAAACUUGGUUUUCUUGAAAUUUAUCAACAUCUCGAAAAACGUUUACUUGAACAUGAGUCGGCUUGGAAAAUCCCAAAGGAUUUUAUUACAAUUUUUCAAUUUCGUGAAGAUGAUCGUUUCGCUGGGUUAUACGAAGUUGCAAUAGGAUUAGUAUGUAGAAAUGCUAAAGUUAUUUUUGAUUCAAAAGAAUUCUUGGAAAUGAAAGAGGAACAUUUAAUUCAACUUUUAAACCGUGAUGAUCUUAAACUAGAAGAAAUCGAAAUUUGGGAAUAUCUAAUUAAAUGGGGAAUCGAAAAUACUGAUUCUAUAUUAGAUGAAGAUUCGAAUAAGUGGACGCUAACGGAUUUCGAAGAGCUAGAAAAAACUUUGCAUAAUUGUAUUCCUUACAUUCGAUUUUCCCAAAUGUCUCCUAAAGUAUUCGAAAUAGUUAGAAAACAAUAUAAAAAUAUUCUAUCAGAAGAUCUUGUUGAUGAUGUCCUGCAAUAUUUUACAGAUCCUAAUACUAAACAAUCAUUAAAAAAUUUACCAUUAAGAGUAUCAGCAUAUCCUCUUGAUUCCAAAAUAAUUAGUGCUCAAGAUGCAACAACAAUAGCAAGCUGGAUUGAUAAGAAAAAAGGAAUUCCUUAUCGUUUAAAUGAUAUGCCUAUUAAAUUUGAGCUUAUUUAUCGUGCUAGUCUUGAAAAUUUUAGCAUUGAUAGAUUUCAUGAAUGUUGUGAUAAUAAAGGGCCAACUGUUGUUAUCAUUAAAGUUCGAAAUUCAGGAGAGAUAAUUGGUGGAUAUAAUCCGUUAGAUUGGCGUAGUAUGAAAGAAAAUGAAAGUAUACCGCAUAACAAUCGUGAUUUUUAUUUUGAUCAUAAAUGUAAAACAUCAAAUAGUUUUAUAUUUUCAUUAUCUUCAUUAUCAAAUGGAGUAAUUCCUAAAUUAAGUCAAGUUAAAUCUAAAAAAGAAGCAAUCAUCUGGUGUAAAAACAAAGGACCGUGCUUUGGUUUACAAGAUUUGUGGAUCAAUCGUAAUUUAAGAUCUGGUAAGAGCAAACAAAAAUCUUACGAAAAUAAAAUUAUUGAUAGCAAAACCUUUGAUAUAGAAGAAUUUGAAGUAUUCCAAAUUAUAGAUAAUAGAUUCUCUCCUCUUAAACUUUUUAAGAAAGCAUGUAAUUUUACUGGGAGAAUAAUUAAGGGAACUUUUCAACUUACGAGAAGAACUAUUCAGUCAAUCAUACGUUUCAUUAGUAAUAUAGAAAGAGAAACAUAUGAGAAACUGUUCAUUGGUUUAAGUAUUUUAGGCGCUUUGGCACUUUUGGCAUUUAUCAUAUACAAGUUUAUUAUGGCUAGUUUCUUAACUAAAAUUUUGGUUGUUGUUAUUAUUGCUGCUAUUACUGCUAUUAUCAUAUAUAUUUGUAAUAAACUAGAUCUUUAAGCUAUUCGAAAUUUAUUUUUGUAUUAUUUAUUUAAAGCAAAAGAUAUAUGAUUAAUAG